AUGGAACUUCAAAUUACGGGGCCCUUCAACAGACUGUCUACCGAAGAUCUCGAAAUAUUGGACGAUGUUGUCCAAUCUUUCUGUGAAGCGGUAGAUGUGGUCUUGAAGACAAAUUUUAAAUCGCAAAAAAAAGAUAAUCAACAUCUAGAGUCUACUAUAAGAACUGGAACUACAAGACCUGAAGGGAUCACAAAAAACCAAAGGAUAGCGGCAGUAUUCUGUAGACAAUGGAUAGCAGGGGUAGUCAGCGAACUCACACAUAAACUUGCAGAAGAUACCUCGGAUAGGGCUAAUUAUCAAAAUAUACCAAAGAUAACAAACCCGGAAAUAUUAAAUGAAGAUGAUGAAGAUAAAAAUAAUCAAGAAGAUAUAGGACUAUGUGUAGAAAAUGCACAAAUAUGUGGAAGCGGACAAAUAGAAGUCAACUACGAUCUGCAACCCAACGAGGUCCCGCCACAUCUCAAACCCAAACUCAAAGCACAGGAACUUACACAACUUAUACUACAAGGAAAACAAACCGAACAUGAACUCAUGCAAAAACUAGAACAAUUCUGGAACGAUGUACCAUCGUUGCUAUGCCAGUAUCUAGAUGAAGAUGAUGAAGGCGAACAGGACGUGGAACACAAGACUGAUGAUAUGGCAAACGUAGGUGACACCGCCACAAAUAUGGCAACUGAUGAUGCACAAACUACAAACAAAAAGCCGGCAGAUGAACCUAUUCAGGCACAAAAAAAUUCGGAAACAAAUACUCAACUACCCUUCGACAAUGAUGCCAUUGAAUUCUUGGAAAACCUAGCACGCGGAGCCACAGAAAUCAAAGACAAAGAACUGGCAAUGGAUGAACCGGUACAACAGAAACUUGCCCAUCUUGCAGAAAAAGCAAAUGAACUAGGAAUACAAGGAAUGGAUACAUAUAUCGCACUAUAUAACAAAGUAAAUAGAGAAAUUAAUAAAAUUAACAAAAUGGCAAAGUUCUUCUCAAAAAUGGCUAAUGAUAUAACUACAGCACGUAGUCAAAUUGAUAUCAUAUAA